GGGGUGCGCUCAAUCAGGAUCAGCAGAGUGCCAAUUUUUCAGCCGCAUCCCGGAGAGAGCUUAGACGCCGGACACCUCGCCGGACCUUGGACUGCUCGCUUCCGGCGAGGUCAUGGAGAUCCUUCUUCAGGGCACCAAAGGCGUGUCCCCAGACGCCGUCCUCUCAAUCAGAGCGGGGGCAACCAGACGGCAGGUGUCGGUGUCUCAAGUGGGCGACAAGCCCUUUAAGUUUCCCUGCACGGUCCGCGAAUGCGGCGCCAUCAAGGUGCAAGUUCUCUCUGUGGAGGCGACGGCGCGGGCGGUCCUGACGGAAGGCGAGCAGCAGACAGUGACCCUGCAGAUGGGCAAGACAGCGAAGGCAGAGGCGGCGCCGGCCGAAGAUGCCGAGGUCGCCCUGCUGGUGCGCAGUGCUUCAGGCGACCAGGCUUUGUCCAAGGAGUCCCUGGCCGCCAAGAAGCAGGCCUUGGCCGGCAGCGCGGAGGAGUACCUGGCCCGGCACGGGGUGCAAUCAUUUCUCCAUGGCCUGCUGCUGGGCGUGAUCAAAGACAGGCCGGAAGAUCCCUACAGCUAUGUGGCCCAGCAGUUCUCCGCCAAAGCCAAGGAAGUGGAGGCCUCAGUGGAGGACAUGCGGCAGACGGCGAGGGACGCGUUGCUGCAAGGAGCGCGCUCUGGGAAGUUGCUGGAGGUGCUGCGCGAAGGCGGCAGCCCGAAGAACCGGAAGGGCCAGGAUCGAGCGAAGGUGUUGAGUCUUUGCGGAAGCAGGCGGCCGCCCUGCUGUGGCAAAGCGCCCAAUCGGGAAAGCUCUUCGAAGUACUCGAGGAGGCCAAGGGGUCGCCGUUGGAGGAGCCACCUCAGGCACCCCCCGAGAAGCAGGCGGCCCCUGAGGAGCCUCCGGAGGCGCCGGCGGAGCUCGGUCAGGUGCAGCUGGCGGCUCUGGAGGAGCCCCCGAGGGCGCCCCAGGAGGUGGACCCCGUCGCGCCCGCGGAAGGCGCUCCUGAGCUCAAGGCCGAGCACUCGGACCUGCGGCUGGCGGCCAGAGAGGCAUUGAUGCAGGGCGUCCAGUCAGGGAAGUUGGAGCAGGUGCUGGCUACCAAGCUGCAGAAGGGUUCGGCACCUUCCGCGCUGAACGAGUUGGAGGCGCUGCGGGAGCAGGCCAGGCAGGCGCUGCUGGAGGGGGCGCAGAGCGGGCAGCUGCUGGAGAUCUUAAAGGACAAGGAGCGGAAGGACAAGUCCAAAGAAGUCGACGAGACGGAGGCCCUGCGCCAAGAGGCGCGGGCCGCGCUGCUGGAGGGGGUGCAGUCAGGGCGCCUGGUGGAGCUGCUCAGCAAGAAGGAGCCGGAGAAGGAGCCGGAGGAUGUGGAGCUCCUGCGCCAACAGGCGCGGGUCGCCUUGCUAGAGGGCGCGCAGAGUGGGAAGCUCUUUGAGGUGCUCAACCAGAAGGAUACCGACCCAGACGACCUGGAGGUGAUCCGGCGCCAGGCCCGCGACGCGCUGCUGAUGUGCGCGCAGAGCGGGAAGCUGGCGGAGGUGUUGGGCCAGCGGGGUGCCCAGGUGGACGAGUUGGAGGCGCUCCGGAAACAGGCGCGGGAGGCCCUCAUGCAGGGCGCGCAGAGCGGGAAGCUCCAGGACGUGCUGACGGAGAAGCUCGAGCUGAAGUCGGCCUCGAAGUCGAACUCGAAGUCGGAGGGUGGCGAAGCCCCGGCCGAUGAGGGCGAGGAAGCGAACCAGCUCCGGCAGGAGGCCCUCACUGCGCUGCUCGCGGGCGUGGAGAGCGGCAAGCUCAAGGAGGCGCUGGCGGCCUCCCGAAACGACACAGAGGAGAUUGAGCUCCUGCGCCAGCAGGCACGAGAGGCGCUGCUGGCAGGCGCGCAGUCUGGGAAGCUGCAGCAGGCCUUGGGUGACGACAGUGAGGACGUGGACAUGCUGCGGCAAAAAGCCCGAGAGGCGUUGCUGGCAGGCGCUCAGUCCGGGAAGUUGUUCGAGGUUCUGCAGCAGCCGAGCGAGAUGGAGGUCACGCAGAAGCCCGAGGUGCCGCUUGACAGGUCCAAAGUCCUGGAGACGCACAUCGAGCUUCAAGUGAUGCAAGAUGAGAAGAGGCAGCUGACGACGGAGAAAACCUGCCUGGAGCAGCUGGUGACCAACUUGGAGUCCAAGAACGAGAAGCUGAAGCAAAAGAGUGCUUGAGGCUUCCGGUGCGGAGAACUCAUGGGUGAUGGUCGAGUUCUGAGUUUGGGGCUUUUGAUGCCUCCUCCCCACUGCUGCUCGCACCGAAAUGGAUGGGGC